UUAGUUUCCACUUCAGUCACACAAACACCAGGAGACACAAACACAGUCACGAUCAAAGCGUCUUUACCAGCAGUAGCAGUCAUGAGUUCAGCUCUGUAUCUGGUCCUGCUUUUCUCAGCUCUGUGGACUCUCUCCUUCUGUUGGACUCGUCAAUUUUAUGUGGUGAAUGAAAAGAAGACCUGGACUGACGCUCAGAAAUACUGCAGAGAGAACUUCACUGACCUGGCCACCAUUGAGAGUCAAGAGGAGAUGAACGCUCUGUUACCUGUUCUCAAUGGGAAAACAGGCUAUUUCUGGAUUGGACUGAGACAGAAAGAAAAUGCGAACAACACUUGUUUCCAAGGAGCUCCUGCAGGGCUGCCGAUGACCAGUGGGGUCAACCGGUGCUGGACGUGGUCAGAUGGGAGUUACUUCUCAUACAGCAAAUGGAACUCUGGGGAACCAAACAACGCUGGCACUGAUAACUGUGGAGACUUACGAAGUGCAAAUAGAUACAGGUGGAAUGAUGGACUCUGCAGUUACACAAAUCAAUUCGUCUGCUAUAACAAGAUUCCACUCAUCCUGAUUCAUCAGAAGAAGACAUGGAGAGAAGCUCUGAGCUACUGCAGAGAGAAUCAUGUGGAUCUGGUUUCUGUUCACACUAAGGAAAUCCAGCACUGGGUGGAAAAAGCUGUUUAUUAUGCCUCCACUGCUAAUGUGUGGAUGGGUCUGCGUCACACCUGUGCUCAGAGCUUCUGGUUCUGGGUGAGUGGAUCGACUAUGUGCUACCAGAACUGGGCUCCGGGGAACGGGACAGGGGUGGAAGACUGCAGUGGAGGAGAAAGAACAGGAGCGGUGCAGUCUGGGAGUAAGCAGUGGGUCAGUCUGCCAGAGGAUCACAGACUCAACUUCAUCUGCACUCUUAAGGAGACCUAGAAGAGGAUGUAGGCUGUUCAGCUGGAUCUCCACAGUUCAGGAUCAUCAUGAUAUUUGGCAGUUAUUUCUUCAUCAUCAUGAUGCUGAUGCCUUCUUUAUUUUUCAAAACACAACAAUUCAGGUUAAGAACACUGAACAUUUUCAUUCUUGUAAAUUUCUGUAAGACUUUUCAAAGAACACAAACCUUUAAGCCCCUGUUUUACUUAGCGCAGGCUAAAAUAAUGCAUUAUAGGUUUAAAGUAAUGUGCUGUUAGUUUUAUUUCUAUUUUUGAAUUGUAUAAUGUGGGUUAUUGUUCUUUUCGUCUUUGCUCACUUACAUAAAUAAACUGGUGUAGAUUCUUGGCCUGUAUUGAGAGAAUUCCACCUGAGGACAUUAGUAUGAAAGCCCAUUCUCAGCAUGUUGUUUUGACUUUAAAUAAACUGCUUAAGUAAACUGCCAUUAUUAUGCAGUCAGUGUUUUGAGAUGAAAAUCUAAAUAAAUCUAAAUUAUAUACAUAUUCACACACAUACUGUAUACACACAAGUAUUGGGACAACUACACAUUACACCUGCAGUAG